GCGAUCGCGGCCGGAGCGGCACCGGGAGCGGCACCGGGAGCGGCACCGGGAGCGGGAGCACCAUGAUGGCCAACGCGGCCACCAUGCGGAUCCUCAUCAAGGGGGGGAAGGUGGUGAACGACGACUGCACGCUCGAGGCCGACGUCUACAUCGAGAACGGCAUCAUCCAGCAAGUGGGGCGCGAGCUGAUGAUCCCCGGCGGUGCCAAGGUCAUCGACGCCACCGGCAAGCUCGUCAUCCCGGGCGGCAUCGACACCAGCACCCACUUCCACCAGACCUUCAUGAAUGCCACCUGUGUCGAUGACUUCUACCACGGCACCAAGGCAGCGCUGGUGGGGGGCACGACAAUGAUCAUCGGCCACGUCCUGCCCGACAAGGAGACGUCGCUGCUGGACGCCUACGAGAAGUGCCGCAGCCUGGCCGACCCCAAGGUGUGCUGUGACUACGCCCUGCACAUGGGCAUCACCUGGUGGGCGCCCAAGGUGAAGGCAGAGAUGGAGACGCUGGUGCGGGAGAAGGGGGUGAACUCCUUCCAGAUGUUCAUGACCUACAAGGACCUGUACAUGCUGCGGGACAGCGAGCUCUACCAGGUCCUGCGCGCCUGCCGCGACUUCGGCGCCAUCGCCCGCGUCCACGCCGAGAACGGAGAGCUGGUGGCUGAGGGAGCCAAGGAAGCGCUGGAUCUGGGCAUCACGGGACCGGAGGGCAUUGAGAUCAGCCGGCCCGAAGAGCUGGAAGCCGAGGCCACGCACCGUGUCAUCACCAUCGCCAACAGGACCCACUGCCCGGUGUACCUGGUGAACGUCUCCAGCAUGUCUGCAGGGGACGUCAUCGCUGCUGCCAAGAUGCAAGGGAAGGUGGUGUACGCGGAGACGACCACGGCGCACGCCACGCUCACCGGGCUGCACUACUACCACCAGGACUGGUUCCACGCCGCCGCCUACGUCACCGUGCCGCCGCUGCGCCUCGACACCAACACCUCCGCCUACCUCAUGAGCCUGCUCGCCAACGACACGCUGAACAUCGUGGCCUCGGACCACCGGCCCUUCAGCACCAAGCAGAAGGCCAUGGGCAAGGAGGACUUCACCAAGAUCCCCCACGGUGUCAGCGGGGUGCAGGACCGCAUGAACAUCAUCUGGGAGCGCGGCGUGGUGGGGGGUAAGAUGGAUGAGAACCGCUUCGUGGCCGUGACCAGCUCCAACGCCGCCAAGAUCCACAACCUGUACCCCCGCAAGGGCCGGAUCAUCCCCGGGGCCGACGCCGACGUCGUGGUCUGGGACCCCGAGGCCACCAAGACCAUCUCGGCCAGCACCCAGGUGCAGGGUGGGGACAUCAACCUGUACGAGAACAUGCGGUGCCACGGGGUGCCCCUGGUCACCAUCAGCCGCGGGCGCGUGGUCUACGAGAACGGCGUGUUCAUGUGUGCCGAGGGCACCGGCAAGUUCUGCCCCCUCCGCUCCUUCCCGGACGUCGCCUACAAGAAGCUGGUGCAGCGGGAGAAGACUUUGAAGCUGCGGGGUGUGGAUCGCACCCCGUACCUGGGGGACGUGGCCGUGGUUGUGCAUGCUGGGAAAAAAGAGACGGGGACGCCCCUGGCCGAUACGCCCACCCGGCCGGCCACGCGACACGGGGGCAUGAGGGACCUCCACGAGUCCAGCUUCAGCCUCUCCGGUUCUCAGAUCGAUGACCACGUUCCAAAACGAGCCUCGGCCCGGAUUCUCGCUCCCCCCGGGGGCCGGUCGAGCGGCAUCUGGUAGAGCCGGGGACCUGUCCCCCAACUGAGGACCGGGCGCCGCCCCCAGCGCCCCCCGGACCCGGCUCGGGCGGGGCUCCCCUCGCCGGGGGGCCCUGCCUGGCCCCCGUGCUGCCGGCGGGGCCGUGCCGGCGGCGGGGCCGUGCGCGGGGGCCGCGGAGGGCCGGGGGCAGCGGGUGCCCCCCCGGCCCUUUUCUGUUUGCACGUUGGGUUUGGAUCAGUGAAUUUUUGACUUGUUUGUGCAUCACGUGGAAAUACUCUGAAGUGGUUUGUGUCACUAGCGUAGGGGAGACGCAGGGACCCCCCCCUUCCUGCCCCUGGCCUGACCCCAUCCCUGACCCCCAUCACCGUCCCUGAACCCCAUUCCUGCCCGUCCUCCAUCACCAAGUCCCUAUCCCUAACCCCCAUCACCGCCCUUAACCGCAGUGCCCGUCACUGUCCUCCUGUCUCCACCUCCAUCCCUGCACCACCAUCCAUCCCUGACCCCCCACCACACCCCAGCCCCCCAUUCCCAUCCCUUUCCCCCACGCCCGACCCUCACCUGCACUCCUGCAGCCCCAUUCCUGCCCCCUCUCACCCUCCCCUCUAUCCCUGUCCCCCCUUCCCCAGCCCUGCACCUCCCCAUCCCCGCACCCCCCGUUCCUGCCCCUCUCCGUGCCCCCCCCGGCAGUGAGCGGUGUCACACACACCCCUGCCCGAGCACGGGGCCAGCGAGCUGCCCUGGCACAGGCGUGCACACGCGUGUCCCCCCGUGUCACCCCUGCCCGGGCCCAGCGAGGUGUCCCCAGCACACGCCUGUGUCACCCCUCACGCUCCAGGCGUGUUUGCACACGCGUGUGCGCAGGUGAACCCCUCAGCACACCUGCACACGUGUCCCCACCCCUCUGACACCUGUUCCAGGCUGUGCUGGGGCCCCUCUCGCCCACCGAGCCCCCAGCGCUGCCCCCGGUGCUGAUGGGGGUCCGGGUGCGUGUGGCCCCCCCCGAGGGGUUCCCGUCCCCCCUGGUGCUAUUGGGGGUGCCCUGGCCCCACUCCCCACCCCCCACCACCCUGUGCCCUCCCCCUGUAGGUCCCUGUAGGUGUUUGGGGGCCGGUGGGUGCCUGGUGGGGGGUCCUGUGUCCCCCUGGGUGGUCCCACACGGCCAAUUUAGGAACCUGCCGUCCGUUGUUUGCUCAUUAAAGACCGUUCACAGCGC